ACGAACUCUCAACUUUGAAUAUUUUUUCUGUUUGUACCAAAAUACAAUCAAAAGAGCAUUCAGUAAUUACUUUCUCUUUCCUACUAUUAGACAGGCAGUAGUGAGUAUUUUCUAAUCUUUCUCCGACCAGUGAGGGAAUAAAAGAUAUUCCAACAUGGACGUCCAACUGCAUCCCACGGAUCGUAUGCGGGUCACAUUGCCUAACUAUUCUUAUGUGUUGAAUUUUGAGAAGAAUUUUGUUUACUCAGAUACCCAAGCGUUGAUGAAAGACCAUUUUCCAUAUUGUUUCUACUACUGUGCCAUUUACAUUCUGCUAAUUUUUGGAGGACGUCGUCAUAUGUCCAACAGACCCAAAUUAGAACUGGGAGGUUUACUUGCUUUAUGGAACAUAGUGCUUGCGCUAUUAUCUAUUCUUUGUUUUAGUAGAAUGGUACCGGAAAUGUAUCACGUAUUAACCCAUCAUGGAUAUUACUAUAGUGUUUGUGUACCUAGGUAAGUUCACUUUGUAUUUUAUUCUUUCGAAAUCGGUCUUAUAUUAUUCUUG